AUGUCGAGGAGCAGACAGAAUUCCUACGCUGACAAGAGGAGAAGGCCCUUGGAGUUCGCUGCAGGAGAUCAAGUCUUUCUCAGACUGAAUCCAACCACUGGAGUAGGCAGAGUUGUUCGUCCGAAGAAGCUAUCUCCCAAGUUCGUCGGACCUUAUCAAAUCCUAAGGAAGAUCGGACCAAUGGUGUAUGAGCUAUCAUUGCCUCCCCAGCUAUCAAAUCUUCAUCCAGUCUUCCAUGUUUCCCAAAUCUGGAAGUACAUAGCCGACCCCUCUCACAUACUGGAAUUAGAAGACGUUCGUCUUCGUCAAGACCGAACGCUGGAGAUGCAACCAGUUCGAGUUGAAGACAGUCGCACCAAGUACUACAAAAGGAAAGCUAUCAGAUUGGUGAAAGUGGUGUGGGAUGAGAAGAUGGGCGACUCUACAUGGGAAGUGGAGGAUGCCACGAGGGACUUGUAUCCUCACCUAUUUUCGGGUAAGUUUUAA